GCGUGGGCGGCAGAGCGGUCCGCGUGGGCACCCGCCGGAGCCAGGGAAGCAGCUACUUACCUUACGUGGAGGGAAACUACAGUCCUGAGAAUAAAGUGAAUUGCCCUAGGCUACACAGCUCAUCAGUGGGAGAAAAGCUGAAACUCACUCGCUGUUGCUUGAGUCUGCUGCAGCUAGCGUGUGUGGAAUCCUUCCCUCCUAGUGUAAUUCUGUUGUUAUUUUACUCGCUUCUGCUGUGCUUUUAUGCAAGGGAAUAUUCUUCCUGCACUUUACUGCUUCAAGAUCUGUUGCUUGCUGUGCGUGCAGACCUAAGCUGUUACUUUUUUUGUUACUUUUUUUCUUUUUCCUUCCCCCUCCGUAGAUUCUCUAAAUAGUGCUCUGAUCUUGCAGAGGAUAAGUCAGUCAUCGCUGCCAGUACCUAUUGAUUUUUCCAGUGGCCCAGUGAAACCCUAGCAGCUACUCUCAAAACUUGCAGCAUUGGUAAAAUUUUGUACCCUUAGAAAAAGCUGAAGGUUCCCGGCGUGCGAGGUGACUUGUUCUUUUGUCACUGAGCAACGGGAGGAUGUCUUGUCUUACCUUUCUGCCCGCUUGCCGAUGAGCGGGCGUCUUUCAGCGGUCACGUUCCGCAGAGGUGAAAGCAAGUGGCUCAAAGCGAGGUAGGUACGUGCUGCCUACGGUAAGGGUGCCGAGGUGGUGUCGAGAAAUUGAAUUGCUGAUUGGGGGAUGGCGAAUGAUCUGAACACGGCUGGAAGCAGAGCGUGCUAAUCCUGACGUGUACGCUUCUGCUCUAAUCCUUCUUCCUAACUCGAUCAGUUCUUUCCUUUGCGCUCAGAUUGCAACAGCGCUGGACAGCCGGGCAUGUUAUUCGCCCUCUUAGUUGAUAAAAAGAGUUCUUUGGUGAAAUGCUCUGGUCGCGAUACGAGUUCGCGUGGCUCAAGGAGCUGGUACAUAUGAGCGAUUUGACUCGGGCCUACUUCUAAUGCUUUUGAUUUAGAGAGUGUAGCGGUCACGCAUACCUGACUUGAAGAAGGCAAAGUCCUCUCUAGCUACUGUACGGAUGAUGUGCUCUUUGUUUAGGGCUUUGCUUUCUGCCUCGUUGCAGCUGGCCCGGAUUCAGACCGACAGCGUGGUCGAGAUGCUCCGUGAGCUAUACCCCUAUCUGCGCUUUGAGAUUGUUGCCAUGUCAACGACUGGAGACAAGAUCCUGGAUACAGCGCUUUCCAAGAUUGGGGAGAAGAGCCUCUUCACCAAAGAGCUGGAAAAUGCCCUUGAAAGAAAUGAAGUUGACCUUGUGGUUCACUCCUUGAAGGACCUGCCAACUUCUCUUCCUCCUGGCUUUACCAUCGGUGCUGUCUGCAAAAGGGAAAACCCGCUCGAUGCUGUCGUCUUUCAUCCCAAAAACUGUGGGAAAACACUGAGCCUCCUUCCUGAAAAGAGUGUGAUUGGGACCAGUUCACUUCGGAGAGCAGCCCAGCUCAAAAAGAAGUUCCCUCAGUUAGAAUUCAGGGAUAUUAGAGGGAAUUUAAAUACCCGCUUAAAGAAGCUAGAUGAGAAGGAAGACUUCAGUGCCAUCGUUCUGGCUGCCGCUGGGCUGAAGAGGAUGGGCUGGGAGGAUCGCAUUGGCCAGCUCCUAAGCCCUGAAGAUUGUCUGUAUGCUGUUGGACAGGGUGCCUUAGCAGUGGAAGUUCGUGCCAAAGACCAAGAGAUACUGAAUAUGGUAUCUGCUCUGCACGACGCAGACACUGUGUUACGCUGCAUCGCCGAGAGAGCCUUUAUGAAACGUCUGGAGGGUGGAUGUAGCGUCCCUGUUGCAGUCAACACUCUGCUGAAAGACGGCCAGUUGUAUUUGACGGGAGCGGUCUACAGUUUGGACGGAUCCGAUAGCCUGAAGGAGACUAUGCAGACCAGUGUUAAUUACCCCCAACAGAAUGAAGAUGGGCCAAACGACGAUGUGCAGCACGUUGGCAUCACGGCCAAGAAUGUCCCCGGUCAGGCCCAAGAAGCUGCAGAAGACCUUGGUGUUGAGCUAGCUAGUUUACUUCUGAGUAAGGGAGCUAAGCAUAUCCUUAGCGUGGCAAGGCAGCUCAACGAUGCCCGCUAAGCCUGUGGUGCGGUCAGCGUGAUUGCUAGGAGCCUAGCAAGUCUUUGCAGCUACACCGUCAUCCUCCUUUGGAGGAAGGGAUUUACUUAAACGUUCACACUGGUCUGAUCUGAUGUGUGGGCACAAAAACUUGAAAUACUAAGGUAACUAACUCGAGUUGUGUACGCCGUUGAGGGUUUUCAUCCCCUCUGUGUUUCUCUGAAUUGCAAAGUGUCUCUGUGAAGUUGUUUCAACAAUUUUUGUGGGUAGGAAGGCAAAAAAAAGUGGGGAAAAACAAAAACAGGACAAACCCAAACCCAAACCAAACGAACCAAUCUGUAAGUGUUCUAUUCCAUUUAGGAACAAGGCACUCUUUACAGAUUAGUCAGGGACUCGGCAGUGACGGUAGUAAAGUGCUGUACUGUGCUGCCGGAACUAAAGCACUCUGGGUAGUCGUGUCAUUGGGGCCCAUUUGCUCCACCGGAACGCUGACAACUGCUACUUAGCUUCCUAAUAGCAGGUUGCUUGGAGUAGAGUAGCGCAGAUGCCGCUUUCAUCAGGCUUGGCUAAGGUAAGGAACUAAGCUUGCAGUUUUAUCAGAUGCAAAUCUGUCGAGGGGUCAGUAAGAACUUGGGAAGCGGCCAGCCAGGCUAGCUUCCCUUGUACGCUUGCCUACAGGGGUUGUCCGAGUCAGUCGUUUGUCUACACUAACCAGUCACCGGGGAGCCCCAAGGUGGGCGCUCGUGCCUUUGCGACUGUGAGCCCUUCCUUUAACUGAGGCUCCUGGCCCCCUCUGCCACGCUGCCAUCCUCCCGGGGGGGCUCGUGCGUCACAGUGCCUCGUGGAAACACUGAAACGGCACCUCGCCGGGGCCCCGUUUUGGAAACGGAGCAUCGUUUAUUCUCUAUGCAACGUCCACCGAAUGUAACAGACGAGAAAUACAGUGACAUGAUAAGCA